CACCAGCUGAAUGGCUGAAGCUGUGAGGAAGAGGUCUAGUCGCUCCAAGAAAGUGGUGCAAGAAAAAUGUGUAGAAACAAGAACACAAGAGGAGGAUGGCAAGGAGGACCCCUCCAUGCUGGAGCUGCUGACAGAGUAUGGAGAGUCUCCUCUACCACAGAUGGAAAUGCAAGAUGACGGUGUAACCAUUGAUGAUGGAGGGGUGCAGCCAGAGGAGGAACCUGAAUGCAAGUACCAAAUCUCUGUGGAGAUCAGUGAACAGUUAGUAGAAAGUGAAGAAACUUAUACACCUCCUCAUACAUGCAAUAAUGAAACCUCCAAAAUAGAUAUUGUUGAGAGUUCUACACCUUGCCAGGAGGAACUAGGAACAAUCACAGAGUCUUCAGCUCCAGAAUUUGCUAAUCUACAGCAGCAACUGUUUGACAUAGAACCAUACUUUAAAGUGCAGCAGCAGUUGAAAGAUCUUGUAAUUAAUGAUCCUAUGAACAGGCUGCAGGGUGAGUUAUAUGAAUCAGGCAUCCCUCCAAAUAAUCAAAUUGGUUGUGAACAAGAGCAGUAUGGUACAAGUGAGAAAACUGUUAUCAUGAAUGGACAAUAUGGUGAUACCAGUGAAGCUAGUGCCCCUGUGUUUCAUGAUGCAGAGAAUAUAUUGGAAAUAACCAGGGAAUCUGAUACAAGUGCUAGUGCUCAAAUUGAUGACAGUGUUAUUGUAAAACCAGCAAUUAAAACAAAAAUAAUGUUGCCAAAAGAAUCUGUUGUACAACCCAUGACUGACAUUCAGAUAAAUGCUCUCUAUCAAAAUAAUGAACUAGAAGAAAAUGAUAAAUACGUAGCAUAUUUCAUAGAAAAAGAGAGGAAUACUCCAUGGCUAGAGUUUUAUGAACUUGUUCUUGGGUAUUUACGAGCUAGAACUAGUCUCAUUGGUAGCCAGAAAGAACUUCAAAGUAUCCAAGAGGAAUAUAAGAAACAAAGAGAGAACAUUUGGAUAUUUGAAAAAAGGACAACAAGAGAAGAAGGGGAAUGUGAGGAUGGCCGUCUGUUAACAGUUAAGCAUGAGUAUGAUGUGGCCUGUUUCAAAGAGGAAAUAUGUAUUCACGUGUAUAAGCAGCUGAAGCACAUGAGAGAGCUCCUUUCAGAUGCCUAUGCUCUCCAUGCUUAUGAAGCAGAGAUGUCCAAGCUGCAGGUUGAAAACUACAUGCAAAAGAUUUUGAGCGAGUGUCCAGAUUUUAUACAAAUUCCUAAAAAUGCCAAAAUCUGUACUAGCAGGAGGAAGGAACAUGGACCUCACUUGCAGCCUCAUGUGGAAAAGUUGUUUAUAUGCAUUAGUGUACUCUUUGCUUUUCAACGACGUGGAGUGAAAGACCAGCAAUUUAUUCGUGACACAAGGCAAUGGUUGACUGACUUGGUUGCUAUACUGCUGCGUGUUGCAACUC